UUCAGCCAAAUUCGACCGGGACCCCAAAACGGCUUUCAAUCUGAGAAUCCGAUUACGAAGAUCGCCCCAAGCUAGGCAACUCCUAUUUCAAGUCCCAAGCCAUAUAUACUGCGAGCCUGGAGUGCCAGAUGCUCAAAACAAACUUCCUCGGAGAACCCUCCUCCACCAUGACUGAGCACGCGUACCUGUCGACACCAAAGCCGGCUCCUGAAUUGCACAUACCGGUGUCGGCUUCCGUGGUAGACGUCCGCAUCGUUGACACCACUACCUAUGGACAGGCACCUGCAUCACUGAUGUUUAGUCCUACCCUCCCGGGUCACGACAUCUUCAGCUUUCCUUCCUACUCAUUUCUUGUCAGUAACACAGCUCAAGACAAGCAUGUGCUAUUUGACAUGGGCAUGCGCAAGGACUGGGAGCACACCCUCCCACCCAAAACUGUUGGCUUCAUCAAGCAGUAUAUGCCCUUUGACGUCAAGAGGAACAUCGAUGAAAUGUUGAAUGAGGAUGCUGGGAACCUUGGGAUUACUACCAAAUCUAUCUCAGCCGUCAUCUGGUCGCAUCAACAUUUUGAUCAUCGCGGGGACAUUAACGCCUUCCCUUCUUCCACCGACAUUGUGGUAGGCCCAGGUUUCAAGGCAGCAUACCUACCAGCGUAUCCAACCAACCCAGAAAGCAGCAUCCUUGAAUCCGAACUGGAACGACAUACAUUACGCGAGUUGGACAAUGCAUCUUUCACUCUUAAAAUCGGGCAAUUUCCAGCUCACGACUUUUUCGGAGAUGGCUCCUUCUAUCUCUUGUCUGCACCUGGCCAUACUGUGGGCCACCUGUGCGCCUUAGCACGAGUUUUGACCACUCCUUCGCCGUCCUUUGUUUUCAUGGGUGGCGACUGUGCUCACUAUCCUGCCAUUUUCAGGCCAACAGAAUAUCUCCCCUUGCCAAAGGAAGUUCCUGCUAUCCCAAGGUCACGCUUUGCAGUUGCACCAUGCCCCGGGUCUUGCUUUCAGGAAUAUAUUCAUCCCAAAAGGAGUGCAAAUGAACCGUUCAUUUCAGCAAAUCCCCCAGUCAAUGAGGAUCCAGAGGAGGCGAGGCGCAGUGUCUCCGCGAUGCAAGCCUUUGAUGCUAACGAGGACAUCUUGGUGUGUAUUGCCCACGACGCGGGCCUGCUGGGUAACGUCAAAUUUUAUCCACAGACCUUGAAUGAUUGGAAAGAACAGGGGACCAAACACUCUGUCCAUUGGAAUUUUUGUGGUGAUAUGGACCUCGAAAAUGCGAAGGUGUCGGUCGAAGCUGGGUCAGCGCCAUAACAUUCGUUUUAGAUUCGGAACAAGUGUAAUCAGAACGCUCCUCUUACGACCGUGGAUGCCCAACAAGAGGAUGGGCAAGAUUCAACCGAGACUAUCUCAUUCUUUGAUCAAGCAUUCGAUUGGGUUACUGGACGAGCGACCAGCCAUUUGGUGAGCUGAAUGCUUGAGAUGUCG